AUGCGUGCCUGGGAGGCCACGGUCAUGAAUGGCUGGGAGGAGUUCCUCAACCGCGACGCCCGAGGCACGGAGGUCUCCUGGAGCACCUACGUCAAGUGCCAGGCAUGCGAGGAGCGCCCCGCGGCGAGGGAGGCGGCCCUCAUGGCUGGCCGGAGGGCUGCAGCGGCAGAGCCUGCCCGGGCACCCGCAAUCAGGGCCGCCCUCCAGCUGUGGGAGGAGCUCGUCUCGGAGCACCUCGGAGCUUUGGGGGGCACGCCCGCUUUCCGCUGGGGACCCCGCUUCAAGGAGGUGUUCGCGGGAACCGCGGGGGUGGCCCGCGCGGUGGAGCGGCUGGGCAUCCAGGCGGAUGAGCCCGUGGAGCUGUACCGGAACCCCCUGCACCCCAAGGAGUCGGAGAGGAGGGAGGACCACGACCUCUCGAACCCCGACGUCGCCGAGGCCCUGGUCAAAGAGGCAGAUACUCCCCCGGGCCCAGGAGUGGCCAACGUGUGGAUGUUCGAAAACCCGUGUACCUCCUUCUGCGACCACAACACCAAAGGGGGCGCCCGCACCUGGGAGAAGCCGGAGGGGACCGGUGUAAACGGCAAGGAGGUCUUGGGAAACGCCCUCUCCCAGACCACGGUAAGGUGCAUACGGAACCUUCACAAAUGGAGGAAGGGAUGGAUCUUCGAGAACCAGGAGCAUAGAGGGAUAUAUCCCAAGGUAUACGACCUCCCGGAGUGGUUGGAAAUCCUGGAGGAGACCGGUGCCGUGAUCAUCCCGGGAACGAUGUGCGCCUGGGGCCUCCAUCCCUCAGACGCUUCGUCCCCCGACCAGUUCUAUCGCAAGGGGUGCUGGCUGGUCGUCUCCGCGAACCUGGCCCCCUUCUUCACGAAGCUCCGGAGACCCUGCCCCGGUCUCUCUCCGGUGCACCAGCACGUGGAACUCAGGGACUGGGCGCAGGAGCUGUGCACCCAUUGUGCGGACAACCCCAAGUACUCCCCCGAAGUUACGAAGGAGGGGGCCCGACUCGGUGAUGGCCUAGUCCAGGCGGCGGGAGGCUGGAAGGAAGCAGUCGACUGCUACCGAGAGGCCUGGACGAGCCGGUGGGGGAACAACCUGGACGGGGUUUUCAAGGAGGAGCUAUGCGAGCUGCUCGACCCCGACCUCAGGGAUUACCUCCACCAGAUGGUGAAGGGCGGGGUUCCCGCCCGCCAACCGCUGGCCCAGGAGAAGGUCAACAAGAUCCGGAUCCUGCUGAGUGACCCGGCCUACGACACGGGGAACACCCAGGUAGCCCUGAAGGAUGUCCAGGUCCUCCGCGGCACCCUCAACUUCGCGGCCAUCACCUGCCCCCCCCUCCGCCCCGAGUUGGGGGCGGUAGACCGGCUCCUCCGCACUGCGGACCCGGCUGGGGUUUGGGUCAAGAUCAAGGAGAGCAGCGAGGGGAGGGAGAAGGACGCGUGGGACGAGUGGUGGGAGGCGCUGGAAGUUUUCCGCCUCUACGCGGGAGCGCCCCAGGCCUGGACCACCCACUUUAACACAGGCUUGAAGGGGGUCCUCCAACCCCAGGAGCGGCUCGCCCUCCCCGGCGGAAUGGAGGAGCUGGUCUGGACAGGAGGGGGCGCCACCGAGACCCGGGUGGGGGCCGCCGACUGGUCAAACGGGGUGUACGGGGUCAUGGAUGUCAAGGAGGUCAUGGAGCCGUUCCACGCGGUUUUUGGGGAGGGAGCCGACAUCAUCGCCAUCUGCGAGCUGUUUACCUUCCUGGUGCUCGCGGUGGCCCAGGCCCCGAGAUGGGAGGGGCGCCUGGUCCUCUACGUCACGGACAACACCAACACGGAGAUCUGGCUCAACAAGCGGACGGCGAAGAACCGUCUCGCCCGCUACGGACUGCGCCUCCUCCAGCUCCUGGAGACCCGCUACGGGUUCCACACGGUUACGGCGGGAAUCUGGACCAAGCAGAACAGCAGCAUGGACCACAUCUCCCGGGAGACGAAGAGCGUAGUCCAGGAGGAGAUGAACCGCCUCGGCUUGGAGGAGAUCGACCUCAAGGGACCCUGGAGGGAAGUGCUCGCGGGGGCGGAGAAAGGCCGCCCUUUGGUCCUCCCUGGAGACUCGGAGGAGGGACGCCGGCUGGCUUACCAGCUGGUGGAGCGCCGCCGGGCGCGGGGACCGCCCGCCGGACCCUUGGCUGGGGUGCAGGUCUUCGAGUGGCGUGCGACCCUCUCCCCCUACUGCCGGGUGGCCGGAGAGAUGGGGGCACGGAUCGGAGCCACCACCCCCAAUCCCGGUUCAGCCGUGAGCCACCCCUGGUGGGAGGUCCACCAGAAUCGACUCGUGGCCGACCGGGCCGGGCGGGCCAGGACCGCGGUGAAGGAGACUUGGGUCACCUGCUCCAGUGGCAGCGACCCCACCGGCCGAGAGGCACUCUACUUCGUGCGGUACGCGCUCUCCCACGCCGCCACCCUCGUCGUGCUGGACGGACCUCUGGACCAGGACCUGGGGGGGGCCCGCGAGGUCUUGCAGGAGGGUGGGUACGACACUGCGGAGAGCGUGGUGCACACCCACCUCCUUGGGGGCCGGUGCGCCAGGUCGCGCCGCCUCCUCCUUGCCUGGAGAGACGGGGGGAACUGGGGGAGCGCCGCACUCGCACUCCUGCGGCGGGGCGAGCGAUUGGUCCCACUGAACCUCAGCAGCGCCCUGUUGACGCCCGAGGCGGUCCCUCCGGAGCUCUACAUGCAGGAGGAGGAGGGGAGGGCCCACUGGCGCCACUUCAAGGUCCCUGAGAGGGCCGACCGCGGGGAGGGAGGGCGCCCCACCGCCCUCCAGGCGGCCGGGACCUGGAAGAGCACCCGGGAGUCGGAGGGGGACGUCAGGGUCAUCCUUAGCCCGAUGAGCAGCGGGCCCGACUAUCCACUCUGGCACCCUGACGAGGUCUCCGGGCACUACCCCGUGCUAUUGGAAGACACGCGGGGGGAGGUGCUCCUCAUGGGUGCCGCCCGCUCCACGCCGCCCGUCUCCGCGCACCAAGUGCUGCGGGCAGCGGCCAGCGCGAGGGAGGGCCUCCUCGCGGAGGGAGCCCGGGCAGGGGUGUGCCGAGAUCCUGAUGAGGACUUCAUGGCCGCGGCCAACGCGACGUGGUUCAACGCCUGGAGGGCUAACCCCGAGGACCCCCAGAUUGCUUACGAGCGGUGGCUCCGAGAGGCCCGCGGGGCCCGGGCUGGAGACCCCAGCAUGGACUAUCAGGGCGUCGCCCAUCAGCUUGAGCAGAAGCUGCAGGUGGAGCUAUCCGAUGCUCAGAAGCAGGCAAUCCGCGGUGUGAUCGCCCAGAUCGGCAUCCAGCUCGUGGCUGAUGAUAUGGCAAUGCCAGAGCAGACUGAUCUCGAGGUCUUCUCCGGGGACGUGCGGGAGCACGUGGAUGCUAUCCAGGAGCUCGUCGCUUAUCAUCCGAGGUUUGGGUGCAAGGCCAUCGGGCGCAAGCUGGCGGAGCAGCUCGGCGUCAAGCUAUCCGAGGCCCACGUGAAGAUGGUCGAGCGCGUCAUGAGAGAGCUCUCCGAGGGCCGCGCCGCCGUGGGCGCGUCUAUGCGACAGCAGCCCGAGCGCCAGAACUUCCCGCACUUCGUCGGGAACCUGCGGCAGCACUUGGAUAUCAUCAAGGAGCUAAUGAUGCUGCAUCAUACCGCAGGACGGCAUCACAUCUCCCGCCAGCUGGAGAUUCGGCUCGGGCAGGUGCUAUCUGCCCGCCACGAGUCGGUCGUCCGUCGCAUCAGGAUUCAGCACGGUUCUCUGUCCAAUGAGUUUUUGAGUGGCGAUCAGGAGGUCCCCGUUGUGCAGCGACUAGUCCAGGGUCAUGCGGAGGCCGCGGCGCGGCCCAAGGCUGUGCAAGAUCACUAUGAACGUGGUGUGUCCCUGGCGGUGCUCCGACGCUGGAUGUCUGAGCACUAUGCGCCCGAUGCUGGCGAGAGCCCUGUUCGGCGUGUCUGGAAGGACAAGUACGUGGACUGCGCUGCUACCUGCUGGGCUCGGCGCGUGCGUGCGAAGACAGACGAGGACCAGGCUCUGCAGGCUAUGAUCAAGUCCGUCAACCGCGAGGGCUAUCGCUUCUUCAUCGCCUACGAGAACUGGGUAUCCUGCCAGCAGUGCGGCUAUCGGCGGCAGGUUCACAAAGGACAGCUUUCUGGAGAGAGGUUGAUCUAUGGUGACACGCUCCGCUCAGACCGUGUCAGUCGUCUCCCUCGAGUCCUCAUCUGUGGCGACCGGGGCUAUGGCACCAGAUGCCCUCUCCCGUUGGAGGCGCUCCUGUGGCCUCUGCCCGCGGAGAUCGAGGCGGGCAUCAAGACCGAGCAGCUCUAUCUGGUGCCGCAGAAGAACCAUUGGCCAGUCUAUCUGCCUGGUCUUCAGCGGUUCGUGACUGCCUAUGACUUCGGUCCGCGCCUCGCGGCCAUGCGCCAGGCGAUGCGCGAAGGUCCCGUGGACCCCGUGGAUGUGGACGAGCUGGAGGCCUUGGUGCAGGAGUAUGCCGUCUAUACAGAUUUCGUGAGGGAGCACGGCACGGAGGGCAUCGCAAACCUCUUGGACAUCACGAAGGACGAGGCCGCAACUAUCACGCCGUUCCUGCUCUUCGUCACGAAGCAGAAGGAGCGGGGCUCUGUCACCAGGGGGCCUACCGAUAAUUGGAAGAAGACUCAGGUGUGCCGGGUCAACUACAAGCGUGAGGACUUGGACACCUGUGGUGCUAUGACUCCCCGGGCGCGUGCUGCGUAUGACUGGCUCAUGGUGCACAACCGCACCUAUCGGCGCUACGUCAUGCAGCACAAGCGGGAGCUGGCCGCUCCUGCGGAGUACCGAGAGAUGUUCAUCGCCACCUAUCGGCUGCUCAUCCAGAGUCGGGGUAUUGAGGUGGCGCUCUACCCUGUGCUCUAUCCCUGGGAGGUGUACGGCGACAGCGACGUGAGCAGCUGGGCCAAGGACCGCCAGCUCGUGAAGAAGUCCCAGCUCCCGACUAUCAAAUCCAGCUUCCUGCGGAAAGUUCAUUCCCGCUGCCGGACCUAUGGCGACGCGGAGGCCGUGCCUGACCUUGCCUUCCUGCUGUAUGACAAGGCUACCGCGCAGCGCAUCUCCGCCAGCAUUGCCAUCGCGGAGCGCCAGGGCAUCUCGCCGGACGUCGUGGCGGACAACAGCUCUACGUCCGAGAGCUAUUGGCGUCACGAGCAGGGCUUUCCCAACCUGUUCAUCACUAUCGCUCCGGCGGAAUGGAAGGUCCUCCUGCACGAGCCGCUAUUCGCCGACUGGAAGGCCGCAGACCGCAUGUCGGCGUGCCAGGGGAUGUUGUCCGAGCACAUCUAUGACUUGCUCUACGAUGGGAUGAAGCAGAUUUUCCGCCCGAACGAGUUCUUCGAAGAGGAAGUGUUCCGCGGCUCUGUGGACGUCCAGGAGGGCUAUGGGUUUCUGAACUACAUCAACGGCUACGUCGUCAAGGGCAACCAGUCUAUGGAUUAUCAGCCUGACGCCGCGCGAAGCGCCGGAGACGAACGCUCGGCGUGGCGCACGACCUAUCGCAUGCUGUGCAAGCUGGCGCCGGGACUGCCGGAGGAUGACAAAGGCAGCAAUGACACCAAGCGGCUGUAUCGUAAGUAUCUAUUGCGGACCCCCGUCGGUGAUGGCCCGAAGCCGUGUGGCAGCUUUCUGAGCUAUCUCCGUACCUACAAACUGUCGGGGGACCACCAGAAGGUCAUCGAGCGCAGAGGGCGCGGGGACGACUCCCGCGUGGCGGUGGGCGUCCGCUUUGCAUUCGAGAUGCAGGACAAUUUCAUCGGCCAGUUCUGCACUAUGAUGUUCCCGCACGGAGACUCCGGUACUUCUGCGCCUCCACAAGGAGAUCCAGAGUUGAUCCCUUUCACGAAGCACUAUCUGAAGGCGGUGAAUUAUCUUCAGCACCUCGUGCGCAUGACGGGCACGCGUCCUUCUUGCGAAGAGUCUAUUCGCCAGCGGGUGAAAGGGUUGGUGCCGCAGGAGGAGGGAGAGGCAGAAGAUCACUAUCGCCUCCGCGUUCUGGCGGAGAUGAAGAGCACCCGCUGGGUUGGCUUCGCCAGGAAGGCCACGUCUAUCGUCGAGCUGUUCGAUGCGCCCGUCGAGACAAUCGCUGACCGUCUCCAUGAGUACAGCUGGGAGCCCUACGACAGUUGGUCUUGGCUCCCUCCCUCACGGUCCUCCGACUCCGAGGACAUGCCUACGCGCCCUGGAGAUCAACUGCUCCAUCCUCUGAGAUGUGCUGAUGAUACCGAGGGCGCCUAUGGUAAGCCCUUCCACGGCGUUGACGCGGCGCUCGAUUAUCUCGAGGACGUGGUGGCGGCGGACCUGCGCAUCCGCGUCUCUCCUGGGCGUGCAAGGUCGUUCCGAGCGCGGCUCCAUGCCGUGCGCUGCUACUAUAACCACAUGCAGCACUGCCGCGACCACCCCGACGCCAUCCCGCUUGAUGUCCGCCGAGCAGCAGACCGCCUGAUGCAGGCUGAUUCGUCUAUUGACGCACGGCUCGCAUACUACAACGAGUACAAACGGCAGUGGAUCAUCUGUGACGCGCAUGCGCGCCCUCGCAUCACGUGGUCUGCCGACCAGGAGGAGGUGCUGAAGGUGCAGCACGAGAACAUCAACGUGGAGACCAUACACUCUGCGUGGCACAUCUAUCGCAGGGCCGAUACCGUCGUUGACUAUGCGCCUCCGUCGCGCCUCCGCACCUAUGACCUCUUCAUCAUCGAUGAGGCGUCGCAGAUCGAGGACGACGUGGCUGUGCGCUUGCACAACGGCUUCAGGGAGCUGCCGCAGCGGCCCACGGUCUUCUUUGCGGCGGAUUUCCAGCAGCUGAAUCCGCUCGGAAGUUCGGCGGCUAUGCGGACGUGGAUCACGGUCAUGACCACCAUCCCACUGUACACUAUACACAGGACAAACGAUGAUCGUCUCCUAUCUUUCCUGCGGCAUGUGCGCCUGAGGCAGCCGCACAAGGGGGUCAUCCAGUCCUUCUUCGCCGGGCGCACGUGGGAGCCCUUCCACUGGCUCACGGUGACGAACAAGGGGGCCGAGGCGGUGAAUUCGGCGUGUCUAUCGGCGUGUGGCUACGACAAGCCUGAGAACCAUUCGCCGCUCUGCGGGGACCCCAAGGUAGCUGGCAAGAAGCGGCUAUUCAUUGCUCCUGGUGUGGUUGUUCGGCUCACGCGGAACCUCGACAAGGAGCGGGGCUUCGUCAACGGCGCCAAUGGCACUAUCGAUGUUGUGCUGGAGAACAAGUCUAUCUUUACGGUGACGCUCACGGGCACCAAGCACCGUCUCCUCGUGCACCCGAUCACCGACGGAGGAGAUUACUUCUUGCCGUGCACCUAUGGCUAUGCUACCACCAUCCGCAGGGCCCAGGGAUCUUCUCUUGGGCUUGGUGCGCUCUUUUUCGAUCACUGUUAUCCGCCUGAGCGGGGCUAUGGCUACGUGGGUCCCAGCCGCUUCAGACACGCCGAGCGCAUCUAUCACUUUGGGUGCAUUCGGCGUGCCGACUGGCUACCUGUCAGCAUGAAGCAGGAUGAUCCUGAUGAGCAGACUAUGAGGUCCGCCCAGAGCGAGUCCGAUGACGAGUACGGGCCUGGGCCACGGGACAGCGACACGGAGUCCGAGAUCAGCGCUGUCUCUGAUUCUUCUCAUCCUUAUGAUGAGGACGAGGAGGCCCGCUGUGCUAUCCUCGAGCACAUGCCCGCCUUCUCUGGCGCGGGCGAUCUGUCAGCCUUCGCGGGGCGCGGCCUUCAUGGGCUCGUUUGA